AUGGAUACCUCGGAUCUCUCCCUCACACCUGGAUCAUCCACCCAGCUUUCUCCUCAGAAACCCUUGAAAAAAGGCAACUGGAUACCAGCAGAAGAUCAGCGGCUCCGCAAUGGGGUCGCCAAACAUGGUACUCGCUGGGUCCUGGUUGCAGGCGAAGUCGUCACUCGUAAUGGAGAUCAAUGUGCGAAGCGAUGGAAGGAAAAACUGAACCCGGAGCUGGAUCAUAGUCCGUGGACAUCAGCAGAGGUACCGAGCCUACCAGUCACCACAAAUCUAGGACACGCUGAUCCCUGCACAGGAAACUCAUUUGCUGGAAUUGGUUGA